AUGCGAAAUAGCAUAUUGGACAUACCAUCUUUAUUGAUAUUUACUAACCGCAUUCCACCUGAAGAAGAAAACUUUUGGAAUAAUGUCAAGACUGAAAAAGAUUUAAUGGUAAAGGAGGAUAUUUUCAAUAAACAAUCGCAAAUUGACGCAUUAAAUGUGCUUGAGGUUACUUGUAAUCAAAAAUGUGAAGAAUAUGUUGAUAAAAUUAAUUCACGCUCAUUGAAACGAGAAGAGUUGGCUGAAGAAGAUAUUACUCAAGAAGAUGUUCUGAACUCUGUUUUCGAAGUUUCUGAUACUUUCAGGAAAACCAAAUUCCCAGUAUAUUACGAGAAACUCAAGUCGAUAUGGCAUACUCGAGAUGCUAAGGCGAAUUAUUAUAUUAUUGAUAUGGGAGAUGAGGAAACACUAAAUCAGGGAAGAGCUCGUGCUCUUGUUAAAGGUAAACCAAAAUUUUCUAAUGCUUUUGCGAAAGAGGGAAAGGGCUGA